AUGGAGGGUUCAUAUCAGCCUUCAUUUGAUUACCAGCAAAACCAAGCAAUGACUUAUACUCAAAGUCUCUAUACUAAUAAUGGAUAUGAUAUGCAGCAAGUAAAAAACAUCGAUACAAGCAAUUACUAUAACAGCACUCAAGUAACUACUUCAUAUCCUUAUAGCAAUGUUAAUGGACAUUUCAAUAUGGGAUACAAUGUGAUGCCUACAAAUGUGCCGUAUGUUAAUGGAUCUCUGAUUCCACCAACAAGCUCUUAA